AGCGCUGGGGCGCAGUUCGCCCAGCUCCCGCCGGCUCUGCAGGGCAUCGAGGAGGACAGACGGACGGACGAACAAACCAGCCGCCGCGCCAUCUCUUCGCGGAGCUCGGGUUUACAAACGACUGUUGAGUGUUUGUGGGCACAGCAGGCGCAGGGGCGGUGGUGAUGGGAGGUUUUGACUAGCUUUACUUCUUGACCGGGGGUCCUGGGACUUGGAUCAGGGUCAGCUUCGGGCUCAGGAACUGCUGAGGAAUUAGGCAAACAAAAGACGCACUGAGACUGGCCAGAAGUUGCCUGGGCGCCUUGUCGCGCCCCCUCGUUCUCUGGGGGUGGGGGCUGGCCAUUUGCAGGGAGGGAAGGGGGCACUGGAGCCAGCGAGGCCAGGCUGCACCCCCCUGGGUCGUGUAGUUAUCAAUCUGUUGUGCAAUUUUUGGCCCUUGUUUUCGUGGCUUGGCUCGUUGGGAGGCCGGACACAUCCACCCUUGGACUCGGUUCAGGGCGCUGCUGUUAUUCUCUUUGCCCCUCUUGGAUUUUCUGGAUUCUUGAAAACGCAGUGGCCCAGGAGGAGAGGAGGAAGGAGGAAGGAGCAGAUCUUCAGAGGAAUGUGAGAACCUCCCAAAGCCCUAGCAGCCAGAAGGAGCUGGGAGCCAGGGGGACGGCAGAACCUUGCCUGGGUUUCUGGGACACUGGUUUCCGGGUGACUCGCUUCUAUUUUACAACAUUGUUCCAGUGGAAAGUGUCGAAUUCUUGCCCUCACAGAGCUGGUUUCUCCAGGUCAUUUGGCUUUUCUACUGAGUGUGAGAGGAAGGAGAGUCUUGCUUUCCCCAGGGACUGCCAGGGGAGUCAAAGACUGUGGCCAUAACCAACCCCUCCCUGCUCCCAGGCAGAUGCCUCAAGGCCUGAUUAAGCAGUUUCUGGGCCAUGCUGGACAGCAUCUGUGGAUACUGAGACCCUGCCUGAGGGGCUGAAUCUGAGGCAAAAUAGGCAUAUUCAGAUACUCUGGUGAGCAUUCUGGGUCAGAGCAAGGCCCAGUCCUUGUCAUCUUUACCUACCAGGCAGCCCAACCAUGGCAUUGAAAGGCCGAGCCCUCUAUGAUUUCCACAGUGAGAACAGGGAGGAAAUCAGCAUCCAGCAGGAUGAAGACCUGGUCAUCUUCAGUGAGACCUCACUGGACGGCUGGCUGCAGGGGCAGAAUAGCCGUGGAGAAACAGGGCUCUUCCCUGCUUCUUACGUGGAGAUUGUCCGUCCUGCCAUCAGUGCCAAUCAUGUGGACUACUCCAGCAUCCCUGCAGGUUCUCUGGACACCCAAGUGAGCUUGUACAAUAGCCCCAGUAUGGCCAGCCCAGCCAGGAGUGGUGUGGGCAGUGGUUUCCUCUCAAACCAAGCAAGCUUCGAGGAGGAUGAUGAUGAUGACUGGGACGACUGGGAUGAUGGAUGCACAGUAGUAGAGGAACCACGGGCUGGUGGACUGGGUACUAACGGACAUCCCCCACUCAACCUCUCCUACCCAGGUGCCUACCCCAGCCAGCACAUGGCUUUUCGACCCAAAGCACCUCUGGAGAGGCAGGACAGCCUGGCAUCUGCCAAGCGGGGCAGUGUGGUAGGAAGAAACCUCAAUCGUUUCUCAUGCUUUGUGCGUUCUGGCGUGGAGGCUUUCAUCCUUGGUGAUGUGCCCAUGAUGGCCAAGAUUGCUGAGACAUACUCCAUUGAGAUGGGCCCUCGGGGCCCUCAAUGGAAGGCCAACCCCCACCCAUUUGCCUGCUCUGUAGAAGACCCCACCAAACAGACCAAGUUCAAAGGCAUCAAAAGUUACAUCUCCUACAAGCUCACACCCACCCAUGCUGGCUCACCUGUUUACCGGCGCUACAAACACUUUGAUUGGCUCUACAACCGCCUUCUACACAAAUUCACUGUCAUUUCAGUGCCUCACCUGCCUGAGAAGCAGGCCACAGGCCGCUUUGAAGAGGACUUCAUUGAAAAACGCAAGAGGCGGCUCAUCCUCUGGAUGGACCACAUGACCAGCCACCCUGUGCUCUCCCAAUAUGAGGGCUUCCAGCACUUCCUCAGCUGUCUGGAUGAUAAACAAUGGAAGAUGGGUAAACGCCGGGCAGAGAAGGAUGAGAUGGUGGGUGCCAGCUUCCUGCUCACCUUCCAGAUCCCCACAGAGCAUCAGGAUCUGCAGGACGUAGAAGACCGUGUAGAUACUUUUAAGGCUUUCAGUAAGAAGAUGGAUGACAGUGUCCUGCAGCUCAGCACCGUGGCAUCAGAGCUGGUGCGGAAGCAUGUGGGGGGCUUUCGCAAGGAAUUCCAGAAGCUGGGCACUGCAUUUCAGGCCAUCAGCCAUGCCUUCCAGAUGGAUCCCCCCUUUAGCUCUGAGGCCCUAAACAAUGCCAUUUCUCACACGGGUCGGACCUAUGAAGCCGUUGGUGAGAUGUUUGCUGAACAGCCCAAGAAUGACCUUUUCCAAAUGCUUGACACGCUGUCUCUCUACCAAGGCCUGCUCUCCAACUUUCCUGACAUUAUCCACCUGCAGAAAGGCGCCUUUGCCAAGGUGAAGGAGAGCCAGCGCAUGAGUGAUGAGGGUCGCAUGGCUCAGGAAGAGGCAGAUGGCAUUCGCAGGCGCUGCCGUGUGGUGGGCUUUGCUCUGCAGGCUGAGAUGAACCACUUUCACCAGCGCCGUGAGCUCGACUUCAAGCAUAUGAUGCAGAGCUACCUGCGCCAGCAGAUCCUCUUCUACCAGCGGGUGGGCCAGCAGCUGGAGAAGACACUGCGCAUGUAUGACCACCUCUGACCACAUAUGCAGAGCCCCUUCCCACCCAGAUCUAGUCACUGCAAUCCACCCCUCUUCAAGACUCCCUGCUGCUAGCAGUAGCUGAGGGUGUCGGGGUGGAUGAGGUAAACUGCCUGGCCCUCCUUCUAGGAGAAGAAGAAGGAACUUUUGAUGAGUCACAAUACCCCUGGAGUAAUCUUCCCUCACUUGGUGACAGGUGAGAAGUGAGAAUGGCAAUGGGAGCCCUCUGGCCCAGAGCCUGGGCUGCUGUCAGUCCAUAAAAGUCAGGCCUCUUUGGAACCUAUGGUACACACUCUCCUGGCCACCACACCCUGUUCACAUCCAGUGGAUUCCAUAGCCUGCUGUGGUCUUGGGUAGGACACUGGGGACCAAGACUGGGGCAUGCCCAUCCUGGAAGUGCCACCAUUCAAGAUGCUUAUCAGAUAAUGCAGUGUGACAGGUGACUAAGUAAGGGAUUUAUGGAAGCUCACAGAAGGACCAUAGCACUCUGCUGGUCAGGGGACACCCCAUGGAGUGACAUCCCCAAAGUGUCUGACAAGGACCUGCUAGACAGUAAAUGGGGUAAAGGACAUUUUGGGGGAAGGACCAACAUGAUCUUUUCUCUCCCUUAUCUUUCCCAAGCCAGUUUGAUGUUCUCUUCAUGAGGACUGUCCUGUGUGAAAAAGCCAGAGUCCCUGGCUUUCCCUGUCCUAUCGACUCCUCUGCAGGAGGGGCUGCAGGCCAACUUCCUCCUGUAAGCCUUGCCCUCUACUGCUGACUCCCUGCUUUCCCUUGGCUGGGGGACUAUCCAGCAUCCUUCCUUCUCUGGGCUCAAGGUGCCAAGAUAAGCCAUGGAGCACAGGGCUCUGGAAGGCAUUCCUAAAAGUUACCAGUUGUAACUCUCCAUUCUCUAAAUAGGCCCAGGUUCCAAGUUCUCAGACACCGCAGCCUGGUCAUCCAGAAUCCUUCCCAUUGCACAGUGGGAGCCAGAAAGGAAGAAACUGGCAUGACUUGAGGUCUCCUGCUCUUGGCCAGCUCCACUGGUCAGGUUUUACCAUCACUCACCUAUGUUUACAUCUUCUAGGGGUUACUGCCCGCUCCCCAAGGCCAGGGUGUGGCCCAACAGCACAUGUGGGGGAAGCUGACCUUGCCCCCCCUGCCUUCCUGGGAAGUCAUGGUCUUCUCCUGGCUACCACUGCUUGACUCUUUUUCUUGAUAAACCUUUUACAGUUAAUAUAACAAAAGCAUGUCUUUUAUGUUUGGAUCCUGGAAAUGGUUAAAAGUGGGGACAAACAGAACCUGAA